AUGGCACCACACGGAAGUGCACUCCCCCAAGCGGCGACAGAGAGUGCGAGAGCAGCUCGAAAGAACUUCUUCUGCGAGCUAUGUCAAAAGGGCUACGACCGGAUGAAUGACUUCGAGGCGCAUGAAGGAUCUUACGAUCAUCUUCAUCGAAAACGCCUGAAAGACCUCAAACAUCUCACGAAAGACCCAAAUGCCGCUGCGAGGGCACGGGAGUCAGAAGCCCGCAUGAACGAAGAAGCCGGCCUCAAAUCUGUCUCCAUCUCAUUACCGGGCUCAGGAUCAGCCGGACCCGUGAAGAAGAAGCCAGUUUUCAAGAGCACACUGCAGCCGCAGAACGCCAACGUCGUGCCUGCAAAACCGCUCGAUCUGGGACGAGAUCCUCACGAUCUGAACGGGUCGAUUGCGAAUGGGUGGGCGGACGAUCAGUACGAUCCUACCAAGAUCAUGCCUUACGACAAUAACUUCAAGCUCACCGACAUCAUGACGGAGGAUGAAUUACGGGACCUGGAUGCUGAGCUCGCAGAUCGCAGGUAUCGGUGA